AGCUCGCAUGGCAGCUACAAUCACUCGAUUCUCAAUCGUUACUCUUUUGCUGUUUGCACUCUCUAUUGCAAUCGUCAUCUUCCCCUUCUAUGUCAAAGUUGGGAGCAAGAAGAUCCCCAUCAACCUCACCACUGCGCCGAUCCUCGUUAUAGGCAUUUUAUGGGCGUCACAAUGUCUUGGAGCUACGCAAAUACGAGAUGGAAUUGUAGGGACAGCCGGAGUCAAGCCCUAUAACAUCCUCAUUCUGUUUUUCUCCCUCGCAUACAUGGCCAUCACUUUGGAUAUCAGUGGGGUGCUGCAAGCGGCCGCAUUCUGGGUCUCCAACAAAGGUGGAACCCGAGGGCGACGUCUCUACUUCUACUUCUAUGCUCUGAUCACGCUGCUGAGCAUCUCUGUCGGCAACGAUCCAGUAAUCCUGUCGGGCACCGUGUUCCUCAUCUACUAUACGCGCACUGCGGACGUCCAUCCCGUCCCAUGGCUGAUGGCGGAAUUCGCAUCUGCGAACACCGCCAGUAUGGUGCUGGCUGUCGGCAAUCCCACCAACGUUGUCAUAUGCGAAGGAUUCAAUAUCCCUUUUGCGUCUUUCACGUUAUACACGGUACUCGCCUUCCUUGCAUGCAGCCUGUCCUGCUAUGUUGCUCUGGCCCUACAAUUUCGCAAGGACAAGCACGUCCCGCACCAUCUACGGCCGGUUGGGACGCUGGAUGCGAGACAGGCUAUCAGGGACCCGAUCUCGGCCUGCGUUGGAUCCAUCCUGCUGUUUUCGUGCAUUGUGGUCAUCCUCGUGGUCAGCUUCUUCAAGAUCGACGUAUGGAAGAUCAGUCUGCCGUUCGCGGGGGCCAAGUUCCUCUUCGACUUGGUAUGGGACUAUCUACGCAACAGGCCACUGCCUGUAGAUCCGAACGAGAAGCCCGCGUCCUGGAGAGAAACUCUUUCUUCUCGCUUCGUGACAGUGUCUACCGCGUUUCCCCGGCUCCCGUUCGGGCUGAUUCCCUUCGCCUUUUCCCAGUUCAUCCUCAUCGAGGCGCUGGCACACCAAGGAUGGAUCGAUGUUUUCUCCCGCUGGCUUGUGACGGCGUCCGGCCGGUCCAUGCACCCGACGAUCUGGCUCGUCGGUGUGCUCACCGUGCUGCUUUGCAAUGUGGCUGGCACCAAUAUCGGGGCAACGAUCCUGAUGACGAAAGUCGUCAGCCAGGCAGGGCUUCCGGUGCCCAGCAACCGUGCAGCGGGCGUUGCGCUCGCCGUGGCCAGCAACAUUGGCGCUGUCAGCUUCACCUUUUCGGCGAGCCUGGCCGGCCUAUUAUGGAAAGCAAUUCUGAAACAGAAAGAAGACGAUAUCGCUGCAGAGGAGCGGCUCUCGGAAAAGUCCGAAUCCGAGCCAUCCUUCGCGGACCGCCUGAGCAUAUCGCAAGUGCUCUUCGCAAAGUGGAAUAUCCUGCCCUUGGUCGUAAUGACCGGCGUCGGCCUCGCUGUUGUCUCGGCAGAGAUGGCCGUGCUGUAUCGUAAAUAGAUCUCGGGGAUGGCAGCGAUAGGGAGUAAAAAUGAGGCUGAGAUUGUCCUGUUUUUGGACCCGUACUUACUCGGCACUCUUCCGCAACUCCCAGUAUCGCGUAGAAAGUGUAGAAAUAUGAUUGGGCUCCAAGAUUGAGAUAGCGAUAGGAGAGCUCUGGGGACAAUGCCACUCGGGCUGAGUCUCCACAGCAUUGCCAUCCCGUGACCGCGUCAGGCUGAUCACGCCAUCAUGGUCCUCGCCGCCACUCCAGCCUCAUGCCCUCCUCUCAUCGAUUUCUGGCACAAGUCUCGACCUUUCACGAGCACAGAUUACAGGUAGAGGGGCACGCCAUGGCCAUUGCUCGGAGCCUUCUCUUUUGUCUCUACUUAAGGUGACAGCUGUUACCGUUCCAUCAACUGCGAGGCCAAAGCGACUCGAGUGCUUUCCUUUGUCCUACAAAAGCGGCCGCGACAAUCUUUUCCAGGAAUUCUCCCCUCCCCUCCCUCAAUGUCGCAUCUUCGCCAGUGCAAUGCUUCAACUGCCAUACGGGCUGCGACGGCGCCGACCUCCCCACCCACUCGAGCAUCUAAAGCGCCCGGGAGCUCCAAACAUGUUUUAUACUUUAUCGCGAAUGGGACAAUGCCAUGUGUCGGAAAGGGCAAAGAAAGGGCAGCGAAAGGCUUCCCCCUGACCUCGAGCGUGGAUUCUCCCGGUCUAGUCUCGCCUCACACCAUUCUCAAGGAAGCGCGUAGAGGGAGCAUGGCGGUGCCCCGCAGCGUCCCGGGCCCAUUCAUGUUUCUCAAACGAGUGCAGUCUAGCCUACAUGGAACUAUGAUCGCGGCGAGGGAGCUGGAUGACGCGUGGCUCCGCGGUGAAUCCGGUCGGAUCGUAUGUAUGAAGGUCUUCCGAAAACGAGCGGCAUACAAACGAGAUCUGUAUUCCGGCAUCGUACAAGAGAUUCUGGCGUACAGGAAUUUGGCGCGCGCUAGUUCGCGAAAUCCCGGACGCGCUUUCGUAAUGGAUCUCGAUGCGGCUUUGCAGGAUGAGACGAGGCUGUUCUUCGUCAUGGAACUAAUGGACUGCGAUCUGCUAGCUGUUAUGAAUGGACACCGGUUUCCCCGGCGGAGCAAUGCCCCUCGGUGGAUUUGGCAAAUGGCGUCGGGCAUAUCUGCUAUUCACGAUGCCGGUGUUAUCCAUCGAGACAUCAAGCCGGAGAACGUCUUGGUUGACCCUCAAGGGAAUGUGCGGAUAGCUGAUUUUGGAGCUGCCUACGUGGAUCUAGUGGCCCAUCCGCUGGACCCUUAUGACUGUUGCACGAGUGAUGUCACCGGGACCUGGUCUUAUAUGGCGCCUGAAGUGCUCUUCAACCGCAAAAAGCCGCGGUGCGAGCGCAGACCCUACGGGCCUCCGGUGGACUACUGGUCACUCGGAUGUGUUGCAUACGAAUUGCUUUCGGAUGAGGCUUCUCCCUUGUUUGCUUCCGAGCAGGACAUGUGCGCAUUUUUGACUUGGCGGGGCCCCGACUCGUUUCCUCUGCGAUGUGGCCUUGACCAGAAUGCGCAGUGUCUCGUGUCUGGGGCAAGUCUGCAGCUUUGGCCCAGUAAGAAAACUGACAGUCUGCAGCUCACGAACAUCGAGGCUUCGAAACGAUUUGGUAUCAAGGAUCUGCGCGGGCAUCCAUUCUUCUGUAACAAGGUCCAGGCCAUAGAAAUCGAUUCCGUCAUUCGCCCAAUACGAGAGCGCAGGCGAUUGUCUCAUAUAUUUACUGAAGACCCGCAGCUGGGCGAACAACAUCGCGAAAUCUUCACUCCUACCAUUGAGGGGGAGCAUCCCUUCGAGCAUUUUGGCUGGGUCAAUCCAAAGGGAAUUUGGGCAGACUUGGUGACACAUAGACCACCAUUGACUCGUCCAUGACGCGUCGUUCUGACAUUUAUUGAUCCAAGCUGAGAUUGUCGUGAAUCAAGUUUGUAUAUAUGUAUCGUAGCACGUACCAUGUUUGUCCCUGACUAGAGCUUAUCUAAGCAUUGUUCAGUCCUUUGUGUGCUCAAGGUCUGAGCGGCAAGGAAGACGCACGAUCACAAAGCUAUUGAUGAACUUGGUACUAUGGACACAAACAGUAAUCCAAUAUCACAGUUUG